AUUUUACUAAAUGCAUGUCAUUCGGAUUUCGUAAUUUGUUGCGUUCGAUAGUGCAGGAGGGGAGAGCAGCGUCCAGCCAGCCGCACGGAUUGAGCAACGUAGUGCGGUGAGUUUGAGCCGCCUGCCCGCCCGCUGGAGAGAAUCCAUCACAGACACAAACCGCCCCCUCCCACUCCAACGCCCCCGCGUCAGAUGGAACUCAAAAUACAUAAAGCCUCCAUGUUGCACAGGGAAUGUCGGGCCACCAGAUGUGAAACGCUGCUUAAAAAGUGCAUGUCUCCCUUUUAAGACGCCGAGCCACUUGUGAGUAAUUCAUGCUUGUUUUUUAUUUUUUGUAUUUUUUGGGGACGGGCAGCAAUUCCCCAGAAGGAGCUUCGGAGUGUUUUCAGCGCUGCUCCAGACAGGGACGGCCUCGCAUUGGAUAUUCGGAGCUAACUGGCUAACCCCAAAGCUGCUUUCCGACUUUACUUAGUUUGUAGUUUAAGCCAUAGAUGACAGCCUCCGAACAGCACCGUGCUAGCUGGCUGGCUCCCACCGCUGCCACAACGCUUCGCCUCGGACGGUUUCCUGGCUUUGUGGCCGAGCUGCUCGCCCUCGGCGUCAACUGCUAGCUUAGAGGAGCUAGCAGACGAAGCAAGCGCGUUACCACGAAUAACAUUGUUGCGAGACGAACCGAGAAUAAACACCCGCCUCAAUGGACCACAUGUCCAUAAUAACUCAAGUUUCCAACCCGAAGGAGGAGGAAAUAAUCUCUUUUAACCAAGAAAAAGCAUCCCAGUCGAACAGCAGCCUGAAGAAGCAGAGGAGCCGAAGCAUAUUCAGCACGUUCUUUUGUUGCUUUCGCAACUACAAUGUGGAGCCACCAGCCACCAACAGCACUCUGCCUCCACCUGUUGAGGAGAACGGAUCGCCUCCCAAGUGUGACCAGGUCGAGGUCAUCCCUGUUCCUAGUCCGCCAGCCAAAUACCUCCUACCAGAGAUGAAAAUAUCCGACUAUGGUAGAAAGUGUGUGGUGAUAGACUUGGAUGAAACACUCGUGCACAGCUCCUUUAAGCCCAUCAGUAACGCUGAUUUUAUUGUACCGGUGGAGAUCGAUGGUACCGUUCAUCAGGUGUAUGUGCUGAAAAGGCCCCAUGUGGACGAGUUCCUCCAGAAGAUGGGAGAGUUGUUUGAAUGUGUGCUCUUCACAGCCAGUCUCGCUAAGUACGCGGACCCUGUGGCCGACCUGCUGGACCAGUGGGGUGUUUUUCGAGCGCGGCUCUUCAGAGAGUCUUGCGUGUUUCACAGAGGGAACUAUGUCAAAGACCUCAGUCGGCUGGGGCGGGAGCUCAACAACGUCAUUAUUGUCGACAAUUCGCCCGCCUCCUAUAUUUUCCAUCCAGAAAAUGCUGUCCCAGUUCAGUCCUGGUUCGACGACAUGAAUGACACAGAACUCCUGGACCUGCUGCCCUUUUUCGAGGGACUCAGCAAAGAAGACGAGGUUUACGGAGUCCUGCAGAACUUCCGGAGCAGGUAGCAGGACACGCCGGCCUCCUCUUCCUCCUUCUCUCCAUCGGUCGCUCUCUGUCCCUUUCUCCAGCCCGUCGUCGUCUCCGGCCCCUGGACGACGACUCUACGGCAACGCGUCACUGUGGAAACCCUCGCUCUCUCUCUGUCUCUCCUCCUGGUGACUGGCUGCCUUCCGAGUGCCAUCAGAAAAACAAACUUAAAAACCUUUAUUACCCCAGGACCACUGUGUCUCUCAGAAAGCGGACAGAGCGGAGGACAAAAUACUAAGAGGAACGAACUCUAGUCUUUAUUUUCAAAUCGGCAGACUUUUACUAUUCAGUAAAGUGCUCAUUUUUAAAACCAAAAGACAAAAAAAUAUCAACUUUCCAUCUUUAGACUCUUUUUGUGGUAUCACACAAAAGCCUGGAAACUAUUUUGUCCUCAUAUUGUUGCUAUGCAGGCAGUUUCUGGUAGUAGAAAGGACUGAGACUCUUUUCUUACAGAAUGAAGUGCCUUGUGUGAAUGUCGUUUAUAUGGGGAGUCGUUUUCUACAUGGCAGAAUAUGCUUUAAAGUGGACACAAAAGUAUCUAUCUAAGGUUGUACUUUGCGUUUUUUUUUUUUUUUUGAUCAUCAUCCGCUGGGUAUUUGUCUUGUAGUACUUUUUUUUUUUUUUCGGUAUGCUUGUGCCAUUAUAUAGAUGUGACUUUGUUUCUUUCGACUUUUAUUGUUAUUUGUAGAGCUAGUUUUUAGGAGAACGCUUGCAGUUGAGAACAUCAACCCCUCACCUGCAAGCUGUGUUUGUUUUGUUUUUUUUUUGAUCAUUUGAUCUGAAAGCUCAGAUAAAACUGUGCCAUUCGUUCAUUUCUCACUCAUAAUCCCAUAUUGCAUUUUAUUAUUUGCCAAAAUGAGGAAAUGCGUUUCAACACGCUUCAUAUCUUUGCCAGAAUUUGAGUAGACCAUUAUAGUUUAUUUUUUGUGUGUUGAGAUGAUCUGUCAUGUUUAUCAGAUAAUUAGCUCUUUUAUGUGCGCUUUUUUUUUUUUUUUUUUUUUUGAAAGAGUCUGGAGGUUGUUGCAGCAAAGUGGUCCAAGUGCCAUGUUUUGGUUUUUUUGUUGUUGUUUUUUUGUCAGACUCAAGGAUAUUUAGGAAGAGUUUGUUGCUAAAAAUCACACCUUCACCCUGAUUUACGUGCGGUCGUGGCCUGGCCUUAUCCAGCCCUGGUGUAAAAACCAGCGAAGACCAUAUUUGAUGUUUUUCUUCCCAGACUUUUUCUUUUUAAAGAGGAAAAAAAAGACUCUUCUUCACCUCAGUGCCUAUGUUUGAGAGGAGCCCAGCAAAACCGAAUGCUGCAACAUUAGCUACCAUGGCAAUAACCUUUUUUUUUCUUUUUCUUCCUUGUUUCUUGUUUCCUGUCUUAGUAUGUUUGUCGUUUCUAAGAGCACUUGACAAAUCUCGGUAGUGGAGGUUUGACUGCGACACGCGAUUUAAUGAAAGACGGCCUUUUUUAAAAAAUCCGAUUUUAAAGUGCUGGAACAGUUUUUAAUGUUGCACGGGUGAUUCCAGUGAACAGGUCGACUACAUCGCCAUGUUUACCAGCUUUCGUCGAGGCAGACUGUGAAAAGGAUGCCACAGCGAGGGGAGGGGGCCGUCAGUCCUGGUCCAGGUUGAAAUGACAAGACUACCAGGGCAAUGAAACUGGAAAAAGAGGGACUGUGAAGAACCUAAAAUCUUUUGGCAUUGACGCCUUACUGCCUACGGAGACACAAAAGCAAUUCUUCCUCCUCGAUUCCAAUGUUACAUUUUACAAGGUUGCUGUUGCGUCUGUGGUGUUUUUAAUUCGGAGUUUUGAAGCCGAGCUGCACAUGUAGAUCACGUGCGACUCAGCCGAAGCCGUUUGGGCUCUGAUGCUGGGAUUCAUUAAUGGGUAUUUUAUGAGAUGGCUACACUACUUCAUAAUUUCCUGGGGGCUUGGGGGUUGUUUUUUUUUUUUUUUUUCGAAAUUUUCAAGGUCGCUGCUCUUUCAGGAAAAGGGAAAACUUGAUCAUCUGAUCUCUGUGUUUUUGCAUUUGUCUGUAGUGAGUGUUCAGGUCAUUAUGGUUUCGGUGCAAUGCUUUUUUUUUUUUCCAAGUAUAUGGAGCAUUGCUUCUACUCUUCUCCGCCUCUCACUGAUUUAUUUAUCUGAAAAUGUUUCAUUGUAAUAUUUUUCUACCUACAUCUCAUCAGUAUUUCUUAUAAAAAUAGCAUGUAAUCCAUCUUUUUUUCUGUUAUUUGUUCUUUUCUCUCUCUUUCAGACCUUUUGUGUCCCUUUCUUUUGCCUUUUGGUAAGAGCCCUAACUCGACCCUCGUAUCAGGAGGCGAGUUUGUGUGUCCGUUGGUUUCCGUAGUUUUUUUUUUUUUUUUCACCAUGUAUCAUUUUCGCUUAUAAUCACAUUGAUCAGUUUGUAUUAACACCAAAGUUCAAAAACACUUGAGUUUAAUCCACAGUGGUUUUUAUUUGGAUCAGGUUCUUCACUUUUUUUUUUUUUUUUACACGCUGGAUUUUGUUCACUUGAGUUUUGGCAGUGUUUGUCAUUCUGAGCAUUUGUUUUUUUUUUUCUUUAAUAAAAUCUUCAUUGGAACUAUAAAUUUCUCAUGUCUGGAUUUUUUUAAGCAUACAAAGCUCUGAAAAAGUAUUUGCCACUUCUUUUAUUACACUGUUAACUGCACUGCUGACUGAAUAAAUCAGGGUCGGUCCAAACCUUUUUGGGACCCUAAGCGGAUUUUCUUUUGGGCCCCCCCCCCCCACACCAACCAGUCAUACCUGAUGCUUCAUUAUUUCUAAGUUACUCUGUGUGUAACAUCGCUAUCAUUAGCAUCUUUUGUAAUUAGCUUACAUCAUAACCGUGUGAUUAUGGCUGUUGAUUGUAAUCUUACAGGAGUAGAAAACUUUAAAAAAUUUAAUUUAAGAUGCAGGGUUUUUUUUUGUGUGCUGCAUAAUUUUUUUUUAUUGGAAAGAAACAUCAGCUGAUAAACAUAUUGGCAAUGAACAAGUUAAGUUUGAUAUAUUUUCCCCAACAGUGCCAGCUGCCAUCAGCAGGAAGAGAUUAAUCCAUUUACGUACCAACUAUAAAAAUAUAAAUUUAUUUUUUAAUAGCAUUUAGUUUCUAUUAUUCAUUGUUAUUUUCCUGUAAUUUGCUACUGUGAAAUGUAUGAUAUUCAAAAAGUGGGAAGCUACGGUAGGUCUCAUUUGGAUAUUCCAAAUUUGAUCAUGCUAGCUCUGGGCUCUUGAACACACCAGAUCCAUGUGUGUGAUCUGGAAUAAACUUGAAAUGUUGGAUUUUUUAAAAAUUUUCAAAAGCCACUUCAAUAAAAGAUUACUUUCUUUUAA